GCUGCGCGGCGGCAGCGGCGGGCGCGAGCGGCAGCUGUCAGGCCACCGAGGUCCGAGCCGCACUUGCUGCCCCAUUGAGGACGAGGAGGCAGCAGGAGCAGUGACGGUGACUCUAAGGAGCCGGACUCCCGGCACGCAGAGCUGACCUGCCUGGCACCCGCGGCCCUCUCCUGUUUCCUUCCCAUUGUGUUGGCACCCUAAAAAGAAAGAAUAAAACAACAUCAGGAAAAAAAGGAAAAUAUUUAAAUUGUGACAAAAACCCACUGGGUUCUCUUGGUUACAAACUCCUUCCCUUCUGGUGCUGCAAAAAUGAGUGGGAAAUCCCUGCUCUUAAAGGUCAUUCUCUUGGGUGAUGGUGGAGUUGGGAAAAGUUCGCUUAUGAACCGUUAUGUAACCAACAAAUUUGACUCCCAGGCUUUUCACACCAUAGGGGUAGAGUUCUUAAAUCGAGAUCUGGAGGUAGAUGGACGCUUUGUAACCCUCCAGAUCUGGGACACUGCAGGGCAGGAACGUUUCAAGAGCCUUAGGACACCCUUCUACAGGGGAGCAGACUGCUGCCUCUUGACCUUCAGCGUGGAUGAUCGGCAGAGCUUCGAGAAUCUUGGUAACUGGCAGAAAGAAUUUAUUUACUAUGCGGAUGUGAAGGACCCUGAGCAUUUCCCCUUUGUAGUUCUGGGUAACAAGGUAGACAAAGAGGAUAGGCAAGUGACUACUGAGGAGGCACAAACCUGGUGCAUGGAGAAUGGGGAUUACCCUUAUUUAGAAACUAGUGCCAAAGAUGAUACUAAUGUGACAGUGGCCUUUGAAGAAGCUGUCAGGCAGGUGCUGGCUGUAGAGGAACAGCUGGAGCAUUGCAUGUUGGGUCACACCAUUGACUUGAACAGUGGCUCCAAAGCAGGGUCUUCGUGCUGUUAAAGAUAGGGAGCCUUUUAAAAAUGUGCCCCAAAUUGAUCAGUCAGUAGUGUAAGAAUAACUGUGCCCCUCUAAGAGUGCACACACACACACAAGAGGGUAAGAGACAAGGUUCUGAUUGUGAAACAGAGCCUUUCAAAUUGAAGUGUAGAUUGAUUUAAAAAAAUUAAAAAUUAAAAAAAAAUAAAGCUCUAUCAAGCCAAGUGUAUUUUGCGUGAUUUCUGCUAUUUCCCCUUCUUGUGUGUCUCAGGACAUAUCAGAAAGUUUUAGUCCUGAGACAGUUAAAUAUUUUUUAAAUCACAGUUGAAACCUAGAACCCAGCUGCAUGAAGGAGUUAAAGAGCUACAGCUAUUUCUUAAAGUGUUCCAUUAAUCAACUAACAAAUGUCACUAUCAGACUCUUGCCAAGCAGUUUCUGACAUUUCUGCCAAAGGGGAAAAAAAUCAGACUUUGAGCUGUAUUACAAUAAAAAUAAUAAUGCAAAUAAGGAUUCCUAGGCUUGAAUUAAAGAAGUUGUAAUGAUUAGGAGUGCAAAAGUAUAAUGAUAUACACUGACUUGUUUAAAUCCUUAUGUAUGGUUCGCUCCCAUCUGAGCUUUUCAAAAAAUCCCAUCUCAAUAAGAGAUACUCUAAUGACACUGGCAAUUGAUUAUACUUCUUGUGUUUGAAGUCAUAGGAUACUAGUGAAUGGAUUAUGCUUAAAUAUGCCAACCACCUUUGCAAAUAAAUGGUUGGUCUGCUUUUACUUCCUAAGUCUAGUUUUGCUGCAUAGAGAUGUUGCUUCUCUGACAACCUCUUACCAAUUUAGCAAUGCUGCUUAGUAUAUGAAUUUGGAUGCAGUGCUCUCUGCUCAUAAUUUAGAUGGUCCUUUGAUCCAACAUGCUGGGCUCAUGGAGAAGGCUUCAUAAAAGAUUGGGGGAUAAUGAACUUUUCUCACAAGGCUCCUUAACUCAAAUAUUUAUUGCAGAAGAAGGAACUGGUUUCUUAUAUGUUGCACUGUAUGUUCAACUAGCCUAAUUAGGACAUUGAAAGUGACAGAAGAGCAGAUCUUAACCCAGUGUUAGAAUGAAUUUCCCAUAAUCAGAGUGGUCCGACAUUGAAAGUGAGAGAAGAGCAGAUUUUAACCCAGUGUUAGAAUGAAUUUCCCAUAAUCAGAGUUGUCCAACAGUGGAAUGGACUGCCUUAAUAGUGAGCUCCCUGCCUCUGAAAAUAUUCACUGGAUGACCAUCUGUUAGAAUACCAUAAAAAGAUUUUCUGUGCUGGCUACAUGUUCAAUAUAAAGUCCUUUCUGGCUCUAAGUUCUAUGAAUAUAUAAACUACAUCAGUGCCAUGCUGUGGUUAGAUUUAUCUGAUGAUAACAGCUAAGACUAUGGAGAGGGACUUUAAAAAUUCUCAAACCAUUCUGUGAUCAAUCUUUAACGGCAACUACAUAGCUCUUCCUUUUGCUUUUGCACUGUGGCAAGAAAAAUUCUUGAGCUCUGAGUAAUCUUUAUGUGACUGAUAAAAAACAUCUUAAAGCUCCCAUGUUAAAAUAUAAAAAUGGUUUGACAAUUUUUGAUUACCAUGACUGUCAGUUAUAUACUAUAUUAUGAAUAUGCAGUGUGGUUCUUGUUGGUUGAUCUGUUUACCCUGCAUAGAUUUUAAUCUGUACUUUAAAACAUCUAUGAUAAAAAUAGUGACAGACAGAAAUUACCCCAAAAAGAGACCUAGGCCAGGAAGGGGGUGGGAGCUUUCAUAGGAAUACAGCCUACAACUCUCCAUUGUAGCCACGUAUGGAAUCAGCCUUACUUACAUGUAGGACCUUUGUGCUUUAAGAGCUCUGGGACAUAUUGGCCAAAUAGAAAAGAAGAGGACAGUAUUUCAACCCAGUCAUACUCAAUAUUUCCAAUUAAGAUAUAAUCCUGACACCAUUGUUCAAUUAACUUUGACGCCAGAAGUCAAAGCCAGAACUGGGACCCCACAGCUCUUAAGUACUGGUCCCUAUCCUGCCUAUGCCUAUAGCCAGCCACACUGGUUUCCAAGUUCUGUGAUCAUUUUGCUACAAUCAUGUUAGGGUGAAAAUCUGUACGUCAGAACUGUUAAAUGCUAAUUAUUUUUAAAUGCAUGAGACCUGGGGCCUUCUCUUUCUACUUGCACUCUGCUUAUACUAGUUUCUAUUUGUAGAUCUCAGGCCUUCAUCAUAAAGACCUCCAUCAACUCACAAAAGUAUUUGUCUCUAUUAGAGUGGCUUGUGGUCAUUUGAGUAAAAAAAAAAAAAAUUACAUGGGUAUCGGAUUCAUAGGCAUCCUGUCCAUCUAAGACAAGUGUUAAUUUUAUUGGCCCAUCAGCUGGAGCCCCUUUCCUCUUAGCCAUACCAUUGUUUUCUACCAAAUUACCACUCAAUAUCUUAAUGAAAGCACUCAACAUUAAGUGACAUAAACAGUGGCAUUUGGGUAAGCAACACUCAGUGGGGUGCUGACAUAUAGUUUGGGUAAGAUUUAAAAACACCAAAGGCUGAAAUCUGUGAGUACCAAGAACUGUGCAUAUAGGUUUAGAAAUUGACUGUGUACCCUAGAAUGUGCAGUGUAAUAUUUUCAAUAGGUGUUUUUUUAAAGAACACUAGAUUUUUGGAAUAAUAUAUUUCUAAUUAGGACUAUACUGUUUUUCAAUGGUCUGUUAAAACAUCAUACAAAAUAUUUAUUUAGUUUAUUGUCAUGUAUUGGCUAACUUUCAGGGGCCUCAGAUUCCAUAUGUCUUCAGUGGAUUGAUGAAUAUCAGGUUAAUUUGUGCCUGCCCCAGCCAUCUCUACUUUAUUCUGAGGUAUUCCACAAUCCUCUUGUUGCAGGUGCUGCUAAAAAAAACUCAAAAUUGUGUAUCAAAUAUUUUCUUUCAACUGUAAAAAAUCAUCUGUGUUAAAGUGAAUAAAAAGUGCAUUUUGAAUAACCA